UUUACCCAAAACUAAACUGUGACAAUGGUGUUUGUUUGACGGUGAACUCAGAGAAGAGGGAGCGAGAAGAAUGAAGUUCGCGGUGCAGGCAUGGAGCAAGAAGGGAAGAGCAAGAGUUGGCGUUCUACAGUUGGCGAACCCAACAACAGAGACGCAACUAGAAAUAGAGACUCCGGCUCUUCUGCUCUCCACCCGCAAAGGCCUUCCUUCCUUCAUCUCGCCGGACCUUCUUCCAUGCCUUCCUUCCCCUGAUUCCCACCUCCUCCAGUGUAGCCCUCUUCACUUCUUAGAGGGACUUAAUCUAAAAACGAUGUCAAGUAUUGGAGGGCUCCAUCGGCUUCUUGGUUUGCAUGAACAUGGAUUUGCAACUGUACCAAGGGACUCUAUUUCAUGUCUUCCAGAUUGUGAUAGUACCAACAAGACUGGAGCAUCUUUUGAAACUCCUUGUGGUCGUCUCUUGAUAAAACCUUCAGAAUACAUGGAAAUGAUUUCUUCCAUGAAGCCAAAUUUAUGGGCCACUUUAGCUGAUGAAGUGCCUGCAUGGGUUUCAGCAAAGAGAAACAAAACCUCAGUAGACCGAACUUUAAAAUGGCUUGAUGAUUGCAUUGCACUAAGCUCGACAGGUGGAGCUAUUUUUGGAGCCAUUGUUGGAGGCUCUAGUGUGGAAGAACGCCAGCGUUGUGCUCAGGAAGUAGCAAAGCGAAAUGUAUCAGGAUACUGGAUUGGGGGAUUUGGACAUGGAGAGAGCAUGAAUGAGCGCCAUCCUCUCCUUGAUGCUAUUAUGGAUUAUUUACCGGAGCAGAAGCCGAGAUACGUUUGUGGCCUUGGACUUCCUGAAGAGGUCCUGCAAGGGGUUGCUGCAGGAGUUGAUUUAUUUGAGUCCACGUAUAUUUACCAUCUUACAAUUGGAGGCUUUGCGCUCACAUUUCCAUUGGAAAGAAUAGAAAGAAAUGAUUCUAACUUUCAGCUUAGUAAUAUAGGAAGUGACAUAACCAAGAUUAAUCUGAAGGCAACAGUUUACAGGAAAGAUACAUCUCCUCUUGUAGACGGCUGUAGUUGUUAUACAUGCCAGAACCACACAAAAGCAUACAUAAAUCACCUGCUCAAUGUUCAUGAGAUGUUGGCUCAAAUUCUAUUAGAAAUCCAUAACACCCACCAUUAUCUGGGGUUCUUUCGUGUGAUCCGUGAAGCAAUCAAGGAAGGGAGUUUUCAGCAAUAUCAACAGAAGUUCGUUGAAAGUAGGCGUGAUCAUAUGUUUGCAGCUUCUCUUAGUUCAUGAAUUAUAUGUCUUAUCAAGAUUGCAUCUGACAAAACCAAUUGCUGUCUUGGUAUUCCCCCUCCCAAAAUCCGUUUAUGUUUCUUUGCAAUCUGAUGCCGAGAAACCCACCAUAUAAAUCAUGAGCUCUUUUAGAUAUUAGGAGGCCCUUUCUUUAAGGAUAGUAGAAAACAGCAGUCGUCAUUUUACUCCUUAGGUUACUAUUACAGGAUCUGAGUUUGGUAAGGAAUACGACUUGAUGGAACUCAAAUUGGAGAACACUGCAGGGAGGAUGAGAUUACAGAUGUAAUGUGGUAUACAUGAACCAAAGGCACAGGCUAUGGGUGUGCAAUGGGAAUUCCUACCAAGAUCUCAUUUUUUUUUUUUUUUCAAAUGUACCCAAUGUGCUUAGCCGUCCUCAAAUCCUAUCCUUGUUAAGGAAUGAUUCAGAUCUUCAUCAUUGGUUGCAUUGCCAUGGCAAAGCACUUUUUUUAUGUAUUAAGUUACUACUGAAUGGCGUCAUAAUAUUAAUGCACAAAUGGCUUUUGUUAUG